AUGGCCGGAGGAGGAGCGGCGCCGCCGCCCAAGGCGGACGAGCUGGUGCCGCACCCGGUGAAGGAUCAGCUCCCCAACGUCUCCUACUGUAUAACGAGCCCCCCGCCAUGGCGUGAGUUACUACUACUUUCCUUGUUCCUCUCGUUGGCUUCCCGGCAGACAUAGGAUAUUCACUUCUUCCCUGCUCCUUUAAUCUCUGGUUCAUCCCCCUCCCCUCUCUCUCUAACUUACUCUGAAUGGGUUCGCUCGGCGGGGUGAAUCACAAUGCUUAAACCCUUCUUCUCCCUCAUUAUUUCUGCAGACAGACCUUCAUUUCCGUCAAGUUCAUACCUGUCUGUCAGUUUGGCCUCUGCUCCUGCCCCUCUCUCUUUCUCUCGCUAACUUCCAGUAUACCUCUCUAAGCCCCCCCUGCGACUAGUACUUCUCGAUGAAAGGCUUCCCCUUCCAUUCUCUUGACUAGUACCAGUUCGAUUCUUCUUUACUUUUCACCUUCCAUUUUCUGCAUUAUUCUGAUUCAAGAACACUUGCUAAAUUUCUUUUUUUUUCUAUCUUCAAUCGAUCAUUAAAUGGGUUUUUGUGGCUCUGAAAUCAAUCAGAGCCCAGUGAAUAAGCUCGCAUUCAAGCCCUCUCCUGCUCUACCUCCUCCCACCCCUGCUUUCUAUUUCUAAAAACCCUCUCUUGGUUUUUUUAAAUAGCACUCUGUAAUCUUCGAUCCUUUUCUCUCUAUACUUUCGGGGUUUAGAUGGGUUCUUGUGGCUUCGAAAUUAAUCAAAGCCCAGCGAAUCAACUCUCAUUUAAACCCUCACGUCUCUCCAACCCUUCGUUCUUUGACUUCAAGCAGUUCCAUUUUCUAUACUAAUUCUGCUACAAAAAAACCCCAUUUGAAUCUUUAUCUGGCUACGACUGAUGAUCAAAUGGGUUUUCUCUUCCUCUGAAAUCAGUUGAUCAAAUCUCAUUUAAACGCUCUCCUUCUCUCUCUUUCUCUCUCUCUACUAUUUCUUCUUCUGUUAGAUAUAAAGUUGGUGUUUUGGAUGGGGUUUUCGGUUCUCACGUCGGAUUGGAUUCUUCUUCCAUGCAGCCGAGGCCAUCCUCCUCGGCUUCCAGCACUACUUGGUCAUGCUGGGCACCACCGUGAUCAUCCCCUCAGCUCUCGUUCCCCAGAUGGGCGGCGGAUUUGUAAGAAUUUCCUUUUCUAGCCGCUGAUUUCGUUGAUCUGUGUCUUUCUGAUCCCCACAAUGGAAUUAUUUAUUUUAAUUUUUGGAUUCAAUUCAGGAUGAGAAAGCCAGAGUGAUCCAGACCCUCCUCUUCGUCGCCGGUCUGAACACCCUGUUUCAGACCUCCUUUGGGACUCGGCUGCCGGCGGUGAUCGGAGGAUCAUACACCUUCGUCGUGCCCACCAUUUCAAUCAUCCUCGCUGGUCGAUACAGUGACAUCGUGGAUCCUCACGAGGUCAACGCUCUCUUCUUAUUUUCCUUUUUUAAUUUGUAACCAUCGCCGUUGACUUUUCUUCUAGGUGGGUUUACUCACCAGGUCGUCUUUACUCCUUUGACUUCAGAAGUUUGAGAGGAUCAUGAGGGGCACCCAAGGCGCGCUGAUCGUGGCGUCGACUCUCCAGAUCAUCAUUGGGUUCAGUGGGCUCUGGCGGAAUGUCACAAGGUCAACUCUUGCUCCCCAUGAAGGAAGCCGUGGACUUUGUUAAGCUAGAAACCUCCUGACAUGUUUUUUUUUUUCGGGAACCGGGGGGCUACUCAGGUAUCUGAGCCCUCUUGCAGCAGUUCCUCUGAUUACCCUCGCCGGUAUGGGCCUCUAUGAGCUGGGAUUUCCAGGGGUAAGUGGCUGCGAAAGUGUUUAUUUCCUAUUUUAGUAACAUUGCUCAUGAUAUGGCAGCAAUCUCUACAUCAUCUCUCUUUCUAUGGAAAGAACUUUUAUAUUAUAUGAUAUUGGCAGAAAUGUCAACGUCACCCCUCUCUCCUGAAUCCCCCAGGUCGCUAAAUGCAUUGAAAUCGGGCUUCCACAGCUGAUCUUGUUGAUUUUUUUUUCCCAGGUAAUUACUCUGCAUCUUCCAUGUUUUUUUCUCUAAAAAAAGGCCUCAACUUUUUACGAUUUGAACGAAUUUCAUGCAUUUCUGUUCGAAGGGUUUCUUCCAAAUCAGUUUAUGAAUCGAGGGUCUGAUCUGAUUUCGCAGUACUUGCCGCAUGUGCUGCACACCAAUGUCUUUGAGCGAUUUGCUGUCCUGUUCUCGGUUGCCAUUGUCUGGCUCUAUGCCUACUUCCUCACCAUUGGUGGAGCCUACAAGGAGGCUGCCCCCAAGACCCAGCUGCACUGCCGCACUGACCGCUCAGGGCUAGUUGGCGGCUCCCCAUGGUGAGCCUGGUCCCUGCCCAUCAUCACAGAAUCCAUGCCAACGAGUCAAUUUCCUCACCAUGUUCAUGUUCUUCGUCAUCAAUUCAUUUAGAUUGCCUAAUUUUGGAAAAAAAAUCAAUUUUCCAGGAUCAGAAUCCCUUACCCAUUUCAGUGGGGGGCCCCGACUUUUGAUGCUGGCGAGGCAUUCGCCAUGAUGGCUGCCUCAUUUGUGGCUCUUGUGGAGGUGACGGAUGGAUCUUGGCGGCCUAACUCAGAAAGCUUCACAGUUUGAUGGCUACAAUUGCCUCACAUUUUCCGGUUUUUGUGAUGCAGUCAACGGGCGCCUUCAUUGCUGUCUCGAGGUAUGCAAGUGCCACCCCGCUGCCGCCGUCUGUUCUUAGCCGGGGAAUUGGAUGGCAGGUGACGACGACGAUGAUGAUUUCUGAGAUUCUCCACUGUUCGGUUCUUACUGUGAUCAAUACUCAGAAGAAAGGUUAUGUUUUUGCAGGGCAUUGCGAUCUUGCUUGAUGGGCUCUUCGGGACGGUCAACGGGUCCUCUGUGUCUGUGUAAGGGCUCUGCAAAGGGAGGAAGUCUUUUGCUCUGUUUCUACCUUUGGCUUUGCUUUAUGAGCUCACAGGAUCGCCGUGUUUUGCAGGGAGAAUGCCGGGCUGUUGGCUGUGACGCGUGUCGGAAGCAGGAGGGUCGUGCAGAUCUCUGCAGGAUUCAUGAUCUUCUUUUCUAUUCUGGGUAAGUUUGUCUGGUGGGCAUGGUCUCAAAGAUUCUCGGAUAGUUAUGGAUGGAUGGGGGUUGGUUCUGUCUGAGUUUCUCUAUCAAAGAACUCCCCUGAGAAGAGAUGAUCGAAUCCAAUUAUGAAGACUGGCCGCCAUAAAAGGCCCAGUUUUUAUUUUAUUUUAUCCUGAAGAUUAUUCCCAUUUAUCUUAUUUAAUUUCCUUGACUGAAGAAGGAAACUUCUUCAUUGGAGCGUUUGUGAUUUCAGCGAUCGCCAAAAUUUUUCCUGGGAAUUAUUUGAUUUUUUUGGGUUUGGAUUACUCAGGGAAGUUUGGCGCGAUCUUCGCUUCUAUUCCAGCUCCCAUUGUGGCGGCUCUCUACUGCCUUCUCUUCGCCUACGUCGGUAAGGAAGAACCCUAAACGCCGUCUGAGCUCUUCUUGUCCCCGGCGCCGACCCUAACCAGCUUAAGAUCUUCUCACAUUUUCAGGGGUGGCGGGCUUGAGCUUCCUGCAGUUCUGCAACCUCAACAGCUUCCGGACCAAGUUCAUCCUCGGGUUCUCCGUCUUCCUGGGCCUGUCCGUGCCGCAGUACUUCAACGAGUACACCUCCGUCGCCGGCUACGGCCCCGUCCACACCCGGGCGAGAUGGGUAAGGGGAGAGCAGGAGAUCAUUCUCCAUGCCCAACUGGUUUUUUUUGCCGUUUUUGGCUGAAGUCCGGACGAUCCAGAGGGAUUUACUUUAGGGGGUUUUUUUUCUCAGUUCAACGAUAUCCUCAACGUGAUCUUCUCCUCGGAGGCGUUUGUGGCCGGCGCUGUGGCGUUCUUCCUGGACAACACCCUCCACCGGCACGACAGUGCCACCAGGAAGGACCGGGGCUACCACUGGUGGGACAAGUUCCGGUCUUUUAGGGCCGACACUCGCAGCGAGGAGUUCUACGCCUUGCCCUUCAACCUUAACAAGUUCUUCCCUUCUGUGUGA